AUGGACCUCGUUCGCGACCUCGCGCGCGCGGCGCGGACGCGGGUGCGGACGACGGUGGUGGAGAAUGCGUCGACGAUCAUCGAGCUCGAUCGGGGACGCGUCGUGGACGCGACGGCGACGGCGGGUGCGACGGGGCGCGGGACGGUGGGAUUCGUGAUGUACGUCGUCGUGUACUUGGCGCGGACGAUCUGGGGACAGAUCGCGGUGGCGGUGGGGACGAUUGUUUUGGGGUUCGCGAUGGGCACGACGUGCGCGCGCGCGACGCGAUCGGACGGCGCGAAGUGGAUGCGGACGGCGAUGAAGAAGCGGAUGGGACGGCAGGCGACGCGAGAGGUGACGUGGAUAGAGAAAAAGCGGGCGGAGCGUGGGCUGGGGGGCGAGGAUGAGGAUGAGAUUACGUUUCACGAGGAUUUUAAGGAGACGUUUUCGACGCACGCGCCGAUUUGGACGAAGGACUCGAGUUACAGCCGCGCGCACUGGCUCAAUCGCGUUAUCGACGGGGCGUGGCCGUACAUCGACACCGGGGUGAGUAAGACGGUGAAGGAAAGCGUGGAGCCGAUUUUGCGCGAACUGUUACCGACGUGGGUGACGUGGAUCGGGUUUGAAAAGUUCACGCUUGGGCCUCGCGCGCCCACCAUCACCGGAAUUCGUUCGCAUCAGUCGCACAUGGAGAACAGCAUUUUGGACAUCGAGCUGUCGUGGGCGUCGGAUUGCGAUGUCGUCGUCACCAUUUAUGUAUUUGGCGUCCGAUUUCCCGUUACCGUACGUGGUUUACAGAUCAAGAUGCUCGCCCAGGUGACGUUUGAUCCGCUCGUGGAUGUCAUUCCGUGUCUCGGCGCGCUUGAGGCGUGUCUCAUGGAAAUGCCCGAAAUUUUGGAUUUCCGACUCUUCAUCCCGGGUGGUGUCGAUCUACUCGCCCUCCCUUUCGUUCAUCGUACGGUGCUGAAGAUUGUGCGGCAGUCGAUCGGGGAAAUGCUGUUGUACCCGUACAAGCUCCACAUACCAAUCAUGCCGGCCAGCGGCAUCCAAGCUGCGUCGACGGGGAUGAUGCGCAUCAGGUUCUUGAACGGUAAGGCUUUCUACAAGCGCCGCAACUACAGCAAGCUCUCGCGCAAGAGAGGUAAAAAGAACUCUCGCUUCACGCAAAUGCUCAAGACGGAUAGCUACUUUAUCAAGUACUGGACACGUGAGCAGCGCCAGCUGUCGACGCCGCCCCGCAGCGGAGAGACUCCUUCAUGGGAGGGCACCGCCGACGCAUUCGUGCUCUGCGACAGAGACACCCCGCUGUACUUUAGGCUCCUCAAGGAGGGCGCGGAUCGCAUCUCAAACUACGGUGAGAUUCAAAUCAUGUGCGGAGAGAUCGCCGACCGCGGUGGCGGAAAGGUUGUCAUCGAGCUUCCGUUCAUCGAACCAUCGUUUUACAAGGAAGAGUGCCCGCUCGAGUAUCUUGCAGCCGCUGAUGGGUACUCCUACGAAGAAAUCAUGGACCGUUGGGCAGAAAUAACUGCGUGGCACGCAAAAGCUGACGCGGGCGCCGUACAGGCGCGAACAAAGUACUUUUAUCGAUGCCUUGAAGAAAUGGACAGGCGGAAGGGCGUCAUAAGCAAGUAUCGGCAUCCGACUCUCGCACUCGAGCUGGAAUACAUCGAUACAGGCGCUCCAGAUGAAUUGGACGACGGUGAUGAAAAUUAUGAGCUCGGUGUACUGACAGUCGAGGUAAAGGAGGCGGACAAUUUGCUUCGCGUGGACAGCCAACUUCCGAAUCCAAUGGCGACGCUUCGGUGCGCCAAGCAGGAGUAUUGCACGCAGCGCAUCUUGAAGUCGUCGCAUCCGAAGUGGAACGAACGUUAUGUCUUCUACAACGUUGUCGCCGAAAUUGAUCCGCUCGAGAUUGAGAUUACGGGCUUCGAGAAAUCCCUUGGUCGUGUAGUGAUUGACACUACGCUCGUGCGCCUGAACGGUUUAAUCUCCGACCGCUUCAAACUUCAGGAUGUCUCAAAGGGUGAGGUGUUGCUCGAGCUUUCCUACACCCCCAUGGCUGCGAAGAAGACGAUCGCGCGCCCGUGA